CGAAGUUCGAUCUUACACUCUCACAUCACUCUCAUCCACACAUAACACACACACAUUUACUCUCAAACACAUAUUACAACAUAUCAUGGGACAAGUUCAAAGUCGAGAGCAGGAGGAGAGCCACUUCAAGCUGGACUCAAGCGAUGAGGAUGGAUUGAUUCACAAAUACACGGAGCUAGCCUCGUCUGCCAAGGGCGGCAAGGUCCUCGAGACCACCGACGAACUCUUUGGCGAGGCUUCCCAAUUGAUCAAGGAUGGUCCUGCUAUCGAGGACAAGGAGCGCGAGACAGCUAAUGGUUUCUGGAAGGAUGGAUGGGAGACAAGGAGGCACAACAAGAACACUCACCACACUGCGAUUAUUCAGCUGGCCAGCGCUGGAACCAUUGCUGGAUUUGACAUUGAUACUUCAUUCUUUGAUGGAAGUCAUCCCGCCUAUGCCUCUAUUGAGGCCUGCCUCGUCGUCAAGGGUGUUCAGGACACAUACGUGUGGACAGAGAUUUUGCCAAAGAUCCCUCUGGGCGGCAAUUCGCAUCAUUAUUAUGGAAUCAAGGCGUCGGACGAUGUCUACACCCACAUUAAGUUGAACAUGUACCCCGACGGCGGAAUCGCCCGUCUUCGUGUUUACGGAAACGUUUCGCCUAUUUUCCCCGACGAAAAGACAGUUAUUGACCUGGCUUCGCUUUCAAGUGGCGCCCGUGUCAUCAAGGCCAGCGACGACCGCUAUGGAAAGCCCUCGAACCUUAUCCUUCCCACCCCUGGAGUCAAUACCCGCGAUGGUUGGCAGACGCGCCGCUCGCGUGUUGAGGGACAUCAUGACUGGGUCGAGAUUAAGCUGGGUGCCACAGGUCUUUUGGAGACGCUCGAGGUCGAUACGACGCAUUUCCGUGGCAAUAACCCCGACUUUGUCAGCUUGCAUGGGUGCCAGAGUGAAUAUAACGAUGUUCAGUAUGAUCCUGAGGUCAAGUGGGUCAACCUUUUGAAAAAGGCCGAGGUCGAAGGUGACAAGAAGAACAUUUAUAGCCUCAAGUCGAACGGCGAGGCAUAUUCGCAUGUGCGCGUUAAUAUCUUCCCAGACGGUGGUAUCUCACGUCUGCGCGUUUACGGAGUUCGUGUCCCUGAACCUGUUGUGCCCGCUGAACUUGAGAUUGUGGAGGAGCAGUUGAUUGUGGCCGUGGAUGACCUCAGAGUGAACGAGCCCGCAGCCAAGGCUGCAGAUGCAUUGUCCGCUGUUUCUAAGGCAACCGACGCACUAUUGGAAACUACUACCACAACUACAGAGGAGAGCACAACCGUUAUCGAAACCGAGGAGAUUAUCAGGGAGGACGGUAACGUUAUCUUGACAUCCGAGGUCUCGUCUGUCACGACGUUGGUGGACGAGGAGAACGAGCCCGUCAAGAAGUCGCCUGCGAAGCGCGGCCGCCCUAAGACGGCAGGCAAUGUUGCGUUGGCGGCCGCAAAGUUGACCAACAAGAAAAAGACAAAGGGUCGCUCGGCCAGCGUACUGGAUGAUGAGGACGAGUUGUCGGAGACGACUGCCUCGACACCGCCCCGCGCAAAGAAGAUGCGCGAGUAAAGAAGAGAGCCUAGUCUCAGUUGGAGCGAGGGUGAAUGAAUUGUAGCGAUAAUACGAAUUGAACUCGGUAUAAUAAAUGAUUGCAACUUUCCCAC